UCAAUUCAUUAUUCUGAAGGAAAUGCUAUACUGCAUUGCAACAGUUUAAAAUCACAAAUUUCGAAGUUUUGUGGAUUAAUCAACGUAAAUUGCACUAAUCAAUUAACAUAUUGUGUAAAGAUUAAAGGAUUAUUAAGUAUACAGCGGAACCCGUUUGAUCAUAGUGGAAGUGUUUUUUCAGACAAACCGUAAACAACGCGUACAAAAAUCAAUCAUAUAAGUUAAUGUUUUUAUUACAUGUGUAACAAAAGAUUUACUUUUGCUUCAAUAUUUUGUGAAAAAUAAAAACUAUACUUAUUUUCACCUGUCCGAUAACGGGAAAGUUUUUACCUUCUACUUGCGCAUGCGUUAAUGCUAUUUUUGCAGACAGAAAAGUGAAACACUGGCCAAAACAUGGCGAAGCCAUGUCGCUUCGUAGGAUUUAUUUUUCGAUGCCUUGUAUAUUAUUUGUGGUUUAUAUCAUCCUAUAUUUCUUGUGAAAAAGUUACAAUUCCGUGGAUAAAUCCUAUGAAAGUGGUACUGUUGGAUUCUACAAAAACUUCAAGAUUAGGUUGGACUACACAGAGAAAUGGACCAACAGACCAGUCAAAUUAUGGGUGGCGAGAAGGAAGUUACACCAAAGAUGGAUCACCCAUACGAGUAUAUGCCUCGUGUUCAGUUAGUAGUAAUGGUGUAGACAACUGGUUACGGACACCUUUUAUAGACAGAGACAAGGCUAAUAGUAUUAGUGUAGAAAUAGAAUUCUCCAUGAGAAAAUGUUCUAGACAUUCAGAUCCAAGCUCUUUAACGGCAUGUAAAGAGACUUUUCAUCUAUACUAUUAUGAAGCAGAUUCAGACAUUGCCAAUGAACUAAUGCCAUCAUGGGAUGCUACGACUUAUACAAAAGUCGAUGUGAUUGCAGCAGAUUAUUUGUACGAGGGCAAACAAGGAGAAGAAAUCAAAUUAAAUUUUGACAAACAAGAAAUAGCCUUAAAUAAAGGACUAGGAGGGGUUUAUUUAGCUUUUCAAGACACUGGUGCGUGUGUUUCUUUAAUUUCUAUUAAAGUUUAUUACAUCAAAUGUCCAAAUAUAACUAUGAACUAUGCAUUCUUCUUGGAGACACCUACUGGAAGUAGUCCGCAGGCAUUAGAAGAAAGAGAAGGUGUGUGCAUCGCAAACUCACAGAUGGAGAGUAAGGCGACCCUGUUGUGCCGAAGUUCUGGGCAAUGGUAUUAUAAUAGCGGUAAUUGUCAGUGCAUAGCUGGAUAUGAAGGCAACAAUGGAACAGAAUGUCUAGCAUGUAAAGUUGGUUACUACAAGUCGUCAGCAGGAAACCAGAAAUGUUAUCGUUGUCCAGAUCAUAGCUACACCAAUGUGCCACAGUCAGUACAAUGUACAUGUGAUUCAGGAUAUUACCGAAGUCCAACUGACAAGAAAGACAUGCAAUGCACUCAACCACCUUCAGCUCCAACACACUUAAGAGUGACUGACAAGACUAACAAUCGCUUGACUCUGAUAUGGAAUAGGCCUGUUUACGAUGGUGAUCGUGCUGACUUGUUUUACAAAGUUAUCUGUUACAAUUGUGAUCACAAUGUUGUCUUUGUUCCAAGCGAUGAACUAAAUUCUACUAGUGUUACACUUCAAGGUUUGAGAUCAAGCACAGAAUACAACAUAACUGUCUUUGCACACAAUGGGGUUACAGUCACAAGCAAACAGAAGCCACAAAGUGAUUCAAUUAAAGCCAGGACUGACUACAGUCUAGCAGUUAUAGACAAUCUAAAAAUAGUACAAAAACUUUCUUCUGGUACCGUUGUCAUAACAUGGGAGCUGGCCCAACAUGUCAAGGAGGAAGUAGAAUUGUAUGAGGUCAAAUGGUACCCCUCUGGAUUCCCAAAUCUGGUGUUAUCUAAUGAGACCACAUUCACUAAUUACACAUUUCACAACUUGGAUCUUGCAAAAGUCUACAAUGUGCAGAUUCGAGGUAAGACUACCAAUAAAGGUUGGGGAGACUACAGUGAUCCAUUACAGAUAAAAGAUGGAGACAACCAGUUAGAAAAAGUAGAAUUAGAACAACCAAUGCCUUCUGUUGGUAUUAUAGUGGGAUCUAUCAUAGCAGUGUUCCUUUGUAUGUCCAUAGCAGCCAUUAUGAUCAUCAUUUUACUUAAAAGAAAUCGGCCACAGUGUAGUGAGACAAAGGGAGGUGACUGUGACACUCUACAUUAUGGACACGGUGAGGUUGUUCACUGCCCCCCACUGGAGCCCCACAUGAAUGGUGGUUUGACAAUGCCAUUGUUCACACCACCAGGAUCAGUAAAGACCUAUGUAGACCCCCAUACAUACGAGGAUCCAAACCAAGCUGUACGAGAAUUCACCAAGGAAAUAGAUAGUUCCCAUAUUGUAAUAGAGUCAGUUAUUGGUGGAGGAGAAUUUGGAGAUGUAUGUAAAGGAAAGCUAAGAAUUCCCCGUAGAAUGGAAAUGUCUGUUGCCAUCAAAACUUUAAAACAAGGAGCCACUGACAAAGACAGAAUGGAGUUCCUUACUGAAGCAAGCAUCAUGGGACAGUUUGAUGAUCCUAAUGUUAUCUACUUAGAAGGAGUUGUCACAAAGAAUUUUGUUUUUGCAGACCAUCCCAUAAUGAUAGUAACAGAAUAUAUGUUAAAUGGAUCUCUAGAUACAUUUUUACGAAAUAAUGAUGGUAAAUUUACAGUAAUACAGUUAGUUGGAAUGAUGAGAGGGAUAGCAUCUGGAAUGAGCUAUUUGUCAGAGAUGGGAUAUGUACAUAGGGAUUUAGCAGCAAGAAAUAUUUUGAUUGGUGAAAAUUUGGUGUGUAAAGUAGCAGAUUUUGGUCUUUCAAGGGAGAUAGAUUUAGACACUACAGAUGGUGCUUAUACCACUAAAGGAGGCAAAAUUCCAGUGCGAUGGACAGCUCCUGAGGCUAUAGCUUUCAGAAAGUUUACCUCGGCAUCUGAUGUCUGGAGUUAUGGAGUUGUCAUGUGGGAAAUAAUAUCAUAUGGAGAGAGACCUUACUGGAACUGGUCUAACCAAUAUGUGAUACAAGCUGUAGAGAGAGGAUUUAGGCUUCCACCACCAAUGGAUUGUCCAGAGGCUAUUCACCAACUUAUGUUAGACUGUUGGCAAAAAGAGCGUGGAAACCGACCAAAGAUGACACAAGUUGUUAGGUCACAUGAUAAAUUCAUUAGAGCACCAGAGCUGUUGAAGAAAAUAGCAAAACCAAGAGCUGACUUACUAAUGGACUUAAACCCAGUGAACGAAGUUUCACGAUUCAAUAAUGUGGAAGGAUGGCUAAUCUCUAUCAAAAUGGACAGAUAUAUACAAAAUUUCCUAAAUGCAGGAUAUCGGACAAUGGAACAAGUAUCAACCAUAACUUCAAGAGACUUGGAAACAUUAGGUGUGACUUUAAUAGGACAUCAAAAGAAAAUAAUGAAUUCUAUACAGACAUUACGUACACAGUUGUAUGGACCUCACUUUCAAGUGUCCGAGGGAUUCCUAGUAUAGCAGUGAUCGAAUGUUGUAGUCAAAUGUUUUCUUUCUAAAUGUGAUAUGUUAUAAAUGUAUGAUCAUCCAUUGUAUGUGCUAAGUGGUCCUGCAUUGUAAAUGUUGAAUGCCUCUCAGAGAGGCGUAGAGUAUACCCAUCAAAUAAAAUGCUGUUGCAAAUUGAUGGAAACGACUGAUUCAAGAAAUGGACUUGACAGAAAUUUUGUCGUUAAUCAACAAAAUGAAAGAUGAAAAGUGGUCAUUGUCCUUCAAGGAAAUGAGGAAAUGUGAUCAAAAUGGAUUCCUUUAUCAAUGAAUUUUAUAUAAGAUAUGGCCAUUUUCAUUUAGAGUGGUGAUAAUUUGUUGUUUUGACAUUCACUAGUCCGUGGAACAACAGGAACUUGAAACUUUGAGAAAUAAUAUUGUUUCCAUAGUAAUUGUAGCACAUCACUAAUGUAUAAAUAAUGAAUCGUUAAACGAAUCAUGUGAUAACUCAUAUUUCAGCCAGUCAAACUGGAUACAUGUGUGACUGUUUGUCAGUAUUUUACAGACAUUUCCCUUCUAACCGAGGGAAUAUGUUCAAGUAGAGCACCAAGGUCACAUUAUAUAUGUAUAGGUCCUGACAAUGUACAUAGAAAGAAUAUUUAUUUGUGAUAUUUGCUUUUAAAUAUUUUUAUUUUAAAUCUUUCUUUAUUGGUGGAAAAUGGCUUUUAUGUAUUUUUUUCUCUCACAUUUUAUAUACUUUCCUCUUUUCUUAAUGUAAAGUUUGCAGAGCAUGCAAGUUUAUUGUAUUUUUAAUUGCUCUAUAUGUUAAAACCAAGGUAUUGAAGUUCUAUCAGUUUUUAAAGACUAAAAUUUAAAAAAGUAUGAAAAAAAUGUUUUACGGUAAUCAGUGAUAUCCCCUCAUUAGUGUUAUUCUUUCACUGAAUUUUUAAACAUUGGCAAUGGUUUUUAAAUGGCAUUGAAUGCUAAUAGUGAUGGUUUAACAUCAUAUGACAAAAACUUAAAAGAUUGAAUACAUAUCAGUAAAAUAUUUUACAAAUGUUAGUAGUACAUAUAACUUAACUGCUUGUAGAUAUUUUAAUAUUUUUUGUAAUGUGUCUACAAAUUUAGGUGCUAUUUUUUUGGCAGUUUUCUGCAUUCCUUUAUUUUUAAAGGUUGUUUUCACUUUAUAAUUUGUAGUAAAAUUUUAAGCAUCAUCUCUCAUCCUGACGUAUUAAUACUGAGAUAUAUUAAGGUUGUAUUCUCUUUUCCGCACAUCUAGGGUUGAACUUUUUCUUCUAGAUGAAACUAUGUAGAUUUCUUUGACAUGAACUGUAAUACACACAUUUCUAUGUUCAUUUACUCAAAGUAUAUUUGAGAUUAUGAUGCUUCACUUAAUCAGUAAUAACAUUGUUUUAUAUAUGUUGCAUUGACCAAAACAGUUGUUAUGAAAUUCUAUGAAGUCAAAUCUGAAUUGCGAAAUUUUUAUCAUUUUAUAUUUGAUACAAUCAUAAAAAUCAAGAUCAAUUCAAAUAUUAAUCCAAGUUUCAAAAAAAAUAAAAAAGAGGUAGUAAUUGAAAUUAUCAGUAUUAUUGAAAUGAAUUAUCUCCCUUACCAAAACUUUGAGAAUAGAUUUCCAAUUAGAUAUUUUAUUUUCUUAACCAAUAAAAAAUUGUAUUGUAAAAAUUACUUAAUAUUCAUAUUUGAAAAUAAAAGGAAGAUUUGUGUCAUUCUAGUUAAAAAAGUAGUUUCAAGGAUAUUUUCUUUGUUGACCAUUGCACAGAUUAGAUAUUUUCAGUGUAUUAAGUUCUUCAAAACUUUGAGUUCAGAUAGUUAAACUGGUUAAUUCUUCCGCAGAUGAAAAUUGGAUGACUUGAAUAUUGCCUUCCAUUUGACACAUUCUAUGCAAGCUUCAACUUUGCUUCAUAAUGCAUAUUAGAUUUGAGUAACUGUUGGCACAAACUGUUUAAUUUAAAUAUUGCUGUAAUAUAGUGGUCUUAAAAACUGCAGUCUAUGAAGAAUUAUGAAAGAUGAAUAAGUUUUCUUAACAUGCUUCUGUACUCAUUUUAGUUAGUAAAACAAACUUUUUUGCCAUAGUAAUUUAAACAAAAAAAAUUUUUUAACAUUUUUUUUUCCUUUCCCCUACAAUUUCUUUUUCAAUUUCUCAAUUUCUCUAUUUUAUAUUUUUGUAUUUGUUUAGUGAGUACAAAUGCUACCAGCACGAAAAAAACAAAUGAUUUUUUUUUAAUUUUCAUUAAUCAUUCCCAUUUUGUAAAUAUUGUACAAAGUGUACAUUGUAUAUAACUAGUGCUGUAUAUAUAUAUAAAUAUAUAUCAGAAAUACGCAAAUCACAAAUUAAAAUUUUGAUACCAAUUAUAUUGAUGAGAAACUUAAAACAAAAGAUUUUUUUUUUACUUGCAUCAAGUCAUUUUAUCUAUUGACAUUUUUAUUUUAUCAUGAAGGAAGAACAUUUUUAUAUGUAUGUAUUGAUUUUCAUUAAGGUUGUUUUACUUGAUUUUACUUUACACAAUUUUAGUUUCCCUUGUGAAUACUCAAAUGAGUAUUUUCUACUCAAAUGAGUAUUUUCCAAUGUGAUUACUUUAGUAUUUUCCUUUGUAAAUACUCAAGUAUUUUCUUUUGUGAAUACUUAGUUGAGUAUUAUCCUAUGUGAAUACUUAGUUGAGUAUUAUCCUAUGUGAAUACUUAGUUGAGUAUUAUCCUAUGUGAAUACUUAGUAGUUUCCUUUCUAAAAACUCAAGUGAGUAUUUUGGCAAUUCCAAAAUAUGCAAAUUUUAAAUGAAGCUGUUUUGAAAAACUUUGGUGCUUUAAAGGAUCAGGCGGUUCCAUUGAUAUUGAAAUCAAUGAGAAUAUUAUAUAAUGGCAAAUGAUUUGUCUUGAUAAGUUUACUGUUUAGUAGUACUUAAAGUAAAAACGAGAUUUGGAAUGAGUUUAGUGGUUAUUAAUAACUAUGUCGACAGUGUUCCUUCGAAAUCCAGGGUAACAAUUUGCUCAUUGUAAUGAUAUUUGUUUCAUUUUUGUGAAGGUGAAUUCACACAUUCCAGAUGAAUAUAUGGCUAAAGCCUAAAAAUUCACAGUAAUUAAAAUACAUAAUUUUUAAAGUUCAUAAUCUAGCUAUUUUCAAAAUGAUUCAAACAUAGAAAAUACACGAUUUUGGUUUGUAACUUUAUAUAGCAGUGCUGAUUAUGAAGUUAGUGCUUAUGACUGCACGGAAUGGAAAAUAUUUUUAAAAAUGGCAUAGAUGUUUGUAAUGUUGAACUUUCUAUGAAGAAAAUUUCUUGUGCAAAUGGCAAAUUAAAAAAAAUAACAUUUUUUUUUUAUAUAAAAAAAUAGUUAUACUGAAUUUGGGAAAAGUUUAUUAAAGGUCAACUUGAAAUAUUAAAUAUUUUUUUUUACACAUGAUUGAUUUAUUUUAGCUUAUGUUCUUAGUCAUAUUCUUAAAGGAAAUGUAUUUAUGUUCUAAACAUGAAAAAAGAAAUCAAGGAAAAAAAAUAACCACUGGAAAUGCAAAUCUCUAAGAUUCUCACAAUGUAUUUCAUAUUGUAUUUUAAAAUUUUAAGUAAUUAUAUAGGCCAAACAUGACAACUUCCUGUUAGAGAUCAGUGUUUUGUCAAAGGAUUAAAAUCAAAACAUAUUUUCACAAACUUUAAGUAGAACAUACUGUACCAAUUAAUUCACUUUACAUUUGAGAAAACAAGGUUGUGUUUAUUUUGUUUAUGCAGUUGUAGUAAUGAAGUAUUAGCAAUAUAAAACUACACAUGUUCUCGUACUGUUGAUCAAUUUUAAUAAAAUAUGUCAAAAUAUA